GUAGUUAUGACUGAGUCCUCAUCCAUCAGUCAGAAGAAUGGUCUCAUGUCAGCCAACGUUGGAGACACAGUGGUUUUUGUCUGCUUCAACAGAGGCGACGUGGGAGUAAUGUUCUCUUGGUACAAGCAAACUUUUGAAAAUAUUCCUCAGCUCAUCUCGACCAUCUAUAAGUUGGACAAGAAUGCAACAUUUUACCAGGAGUUUAAGAAUAACCCUCGCUUCUCAGUGGAAGGUGGCCAAGGGAAAAAUAAUCUAAUGAUCGCAGAUGUGGAACUCUCUGAUUCAGGCACAUACUACUGUGGAAGUUCUUAUGGAAACAAUUUGGAAUUCGGAAAAGGAGUCAUUCUCAUCAUAAAAGGAUCAGAUUGCAGAACUAUGACUAUACUUCAGCAGCCUGUGUUUGAGUCAAUCCAGCCAGGAGACUCUGUGACUCUGAACUGUAUAAUACACACUGAGACCUGUGCAGGUGAACACAGGGUCUAUUGGUUCAGACAUGGCUCAGGAGAAUCCCGUCCAGGAAUAAUUUACACCCAUGGAGACAGUAGUGAUCAGUGUGAGAAGAGCCCUGAGGCAGGGUCUCCUACACAGAGCUGUGUCUACAACCUCCCCAAGAGGAACCUCAGCCUCUCUGAUGCUGGGACUUACUACUGCGCUGUGGCCUCAUGUGGGGAGAUGCUGUUUGGGAACGGGACCAAGCUGGAUGUUGAAGAUGGUUGUAAGGAGGACCAUGUUCUCUUGGUGUACUGUCUGGGUGUAGCGUUGGGUCGGUGUGUCAUCCUCAUCAUUGUCCUUGUCCUUGGUUGUGUUAUGUAUAAGAUGACCAAGAAAACCUCUCUGCUGUCCAGAGGAAUGCAUCCUCAGCCAAGUGGUCCGGUAGUCUCCAGUUCUCAUAACCAGGAUCAAGAAGAUGAUGACACAGUCACAUCGGUCCAUUACGCUGCUCUGAAUGUCAUCCACAAGAAGCCAAAGACCCGGAUACAGAGUAUCGCCAUGGAGAGAGACACGGAGUACUCUGGGGUGAGGUGCCAAAACAUGGACUGAAACAUAGAUUUAC